AAUGAUUUUGCCUCACAAACUUAGUUUUCAUGAGAUUAUCGCUUAUAAAGUUAAGAAUCGAUCGGGAAAACCAAUAUUUUCCUUUGAAUAGAGGAAGGUAAUCAGAAUAUUAUUUAUUUGAUAUGUGUAGGUUCAGGCUAAAGGCAAUGAAUAUGAAGUAGAAGUCGAAAAUUCAACGACUUGUAGGAUUAUUGAAAAAUUCAGAUAUGAAAAAAUAAAACAUAUCUAUCCUUGUUCCAAAUGGGAAGUUGUUGAUAUUAAUAAGUACUAAUGAAAACUAUGAUGAG